UCUGACCAAAAGACUCGUCCUCGAAUAGAAAACGAGUCUUUGAUCUUCAUCCCAAGGAUAGAAGCUGGAAAAUCCCAUUCCACAAAAUCUCCCCCAAGGUGUCUUGAAGAACCUGAAGCUAAAGGAGAAAGCAAAGGAGGAAGAAGGCCAUCAGACAUGGUAGAUCCUGUCGAGUUCUUGUUAUUCAUUUACUUUCUUGUACAUAUAUUCCACGUGGUUAGAAAGGCCGUCUCCAUGGCUCUUUGCACCAAUUCUCCUACGCAUGCCUCUCCUCCUCCUCCUUCACCUCCUCAUCCUGCUCUCUCCUGGAAGCGGCUCAGGGAGCCGCAUGCUCUCGCGAGUAAGCGGUUGAAGGAGGCUUCAGAUCGUAAGCUGCACCCCGAGGAGGAUGUGCUAGUCGAACAAUUGGUUGUUUCAGGAUCAAAGAGCUCAGUUUAUGCGCCAAAAGGAUGCCUGCAGCAGAAUUUAGCAUUGGAGAAGAAGGAGCCGACUUUGAAGGCUGGAAGUUUCAACGGGGAACAGGUUUCACUUUCUACUCCCCGAGAUUUUGAUUCGAAGGUUUCCAUAUUGAUGCAUAUUGAAGGCCGCAAGCAUGAGAAUUUUGAGGGUAGAGAAGAAGGCCAAUCUAUGGUGAAGAUUUCAGAACUGGAUGCCUUGUCACCAAGCAAGGUGCAUGAAGAGAAGGCACCACGUAGGACGAGAAAGAGACCGGCAAAGUUGGUGAUACCUGAAACUUGCGUGAGCUCGGAGUUUGCUGAGGCAUCUAAGAAAAAGAAUGCAGCUGAGAAAGAAUUGGAGGUCGAGGGAAGUGGAUUUUGUUUGGUUAGUAGAAGAGGGCAGAGACAUGUGAUGGAAGAUGGCUAUGGGGUUAUAACCAACGUUCAUGGAGACUCAAAACAGGCCUUUUUUGGAGUGUUUGAUGGGCAUGGGGGGCGCGCAGCUGUGGACUUCGUCUCCAAGAAAUUGGGAAAGAAUAUUAUAGCAGCACUUGAUGAGCUAGACAAGGAAGAAAACCAACUAGAACUAGCAAUUAGAUCAGGCUAUUUGGCCACAGACAAGGAAUUUCUUAGUCAGGGUGUGAGCAGUGGAGCAUGUGCAGCUACUGCAUUCAUUAAGGAAGGAGAGUUGCAUGUAGCCAAUGUUGGUGACUGCAGAGUGGUUAUGUGUAAACAAGGAGUCGCACAAGGCCUCACAAGGGACCAUCGUGCUGGAAGAGAAGACGAGCGCAUUCGAAUUGAGAGCUCUGGGGGAUAUGUGAGUUGUCGUAAUGGAGUAUGGAGAGUUAUGGACUCACUUGCUGUCUCUAGAGCAAUUGGAGAUGCGAAUAUGAAGGAAUGGAUAAUCUCCGAGCCCGAGACCAAUAAGCUCAGAUUAACUCCAGAUUGCGAGUUUCUAAUAAUGGCCUCCGAUGGGUUGUGGGACAAGGUAACUGAACAAGAGGCAGUGGAUGUCGUUACAAGGUGUAAGAACUCCUUGAAGUCUUGUAAAGAUCUUGUGGACAUCUCUUGCAGUAGGGGCAAUAGGGAUGACACUACGGUCAUGGUGGUGGAUCUUCAAAGAUUUGUACAGUUAGGUGGUUAGAGAACUUAUUAUAGCUUAGAAAACUUCAUAUUGCUCGCAAAAAAGGAAGAAGAAAAAGCUUCAAAAAGAGCUUCUGUCGUUGGAGAAAGAGAAGGAGCAAA